UCUUCCACUGUAUUUACUAUUUAUCUGUAUUUUAUAACCUUAAAUUAAGGUUUCCUUUUGGGGUUUUGUGAAUUGAUUAGGUUUUGUAUUUAAGUGAAUAGAAACAUUUUUUUAUUUGUAAUUAGUUAGUUUAAAGAUUUUUCCUAAUGUCUUCUUCAGAGUACAACUCUACUGAUGAAUCAGAUAUUGAGUUACAAGAUGCAUUUGCAAAGGGAUUACUUAAACCAGGAUUAAAUGUACCUGUUGUGGAACAGGAAAAGAAGGUUUAUGCCAAUGAUGUGAAAACUUUAAAACAAAAACUGUUGGACAUAAAAAACAAUAUGAAUUGGUUUGAGCGUCUUGAUCUUGUCAGUAAACCUGCUCCCUUGGCUCCAGAAAUCGCAGUCCAGUUGGAAGAGCAAGAAGCACUAAACCAUUCCAGUAACAAAAGUGUAGCCAUGAAUGAAUUUAAGAGAGAGACCAAUUUUCACAGACAAGCCCAGGCAGCAGUCCUAGAAGGGUUAGCACGUCUUAAAGAUUUAGGAGUUCUAACAAAACGUCCAGAAGAUUAUUUUGCUGAAAUGGCUAAAUCAGAUUCACAUAUGCAAAAGGUGCGAGCAAUGUUAGUUAAAAAACAAGCAGAAACUGAACAUAUUGAAAAAGUAAGAAAAAUACGCCAGCAAAGGAAAAUGAGCAAAAAACUUCAGAAAGAGGGAAAGCUUAAGAAACAAAAUGAGAAGAAGGAAAUGUUGGAUGAAGUCAAAAAGUUUCGGAAAGGAAUACGUAAAGAUUUGGAUUUUUUGGAAAAUAAGAAACCUCAAAAUAAAUCUAAAUCAGGCCAGACAAGGUCCUUAAUGAAAAGGCAGUAUAAAGACUCUAAAUUUGGUCAUGGAGGAAAGAAGAGAGGUUUGAAAUUAAAUACGAAAGAAAGUUCUGCUAACAUGGAUGACUAUAGACCAUCUUUUAACAACUCAAAAAUGAUGAGGUCUGGAAGGAAGAAUGCAAAAGCCAUGAGGCCAGGGAAAAAAAACUCAAAAGUCAUACCAAGACCUGGAAAAAAUAAACGUGUCAAAUCAAAAUCACAAAGAAAAGGCUAACCAAAUUAAUAAAAUAUUUAAAUAUUUUUA